UUUAAUGGUUAUUUUUAUUGAUCGAAAAUGGAACAGAAAUACUUAGAUCUUGCGCUAGAAGAAGCAGUACUCUCUCUCGAAAAUGGAGAGACUCCAGUUGGCUGAGUAUUCGUAUAUAAACCUUUGGACAAAAUCAUCGCGAAGUCUGGAAACUUGACUAACCAAACUUGCAAUGCAACUACACACUGUGAAAUCAACUGCAUUACUAAAAUUUCAAGAGAGAUUCUUAAGCAAGAACGGACUGAGGAAUUUGAAGAAAUUUAUCAAUGCCAAUUAGACCAAAUGGAGGACGCUAAGGAAGCAACUACUAAGCAGGUUCUCAUGAAGAUCUUCGAGCAUUGUGAGCUAUAUGUCACCAUAGAGCCUUGUAUUAUGUGAGCCCAUGCACUUGCUAUUUCAGGGAUUAAGACUGUCUACUUUGGUGGUGCUAAUUCGAAAUUUGGAGGAAACGGGUCCAUUUACAACAUCCAUAAGCAAAAGAGGUUUCCAUAUACGAGUACUGGAGGAGAAUAUCUCGCUAAGGAAUCCGUUGAACUUCUCCAGAAGUUCUAUGAAAGAGGUAAUGAGAAUAUUCCUGAAAAGAAGCGUCAUCGUAAGGCAAAAUCUAGGUCAAAAACUCCAACUUAG